AUGACGGACAGUGGAAAAAUGACUUAUGGAAAUUUGAUUCUUAUCACUGAUAGAUGUUCCACUCCUUCCUGGGCAUUUGAUUUAGUAAAAGUUACUAUAUCAGUUUCAUCUGGAUGUAGCUUUCGUGUGGUUUUUUGGGGGGGUAGGUUGUCUCACCAAGAAACAAGUUCAGUGAGGUGCUAUAAACACUGUGAGCCACUGUUUCCCAGGGAGCUUGACCUACUAAAGAAUAUUCAGGAAACCUGUAUGCAUUGAGUAGUUUUCCUGCAGUGCCAUAUGCCUAACUCAAGGUGUGAGACAGAUGAGAGUAAAUUCUGAAUGUGUAGGUAAAGUGCACUCAAGGUGGUGACAUACAGAACACUAUGCUAUAGAUGUCUAUAGAUCUGGUGCAUUUUGCAUGCAAGGUAAAGGUAAAGGGACUCCUGACCAUUAGGUCCAGUCAUGACCGACUCUGGGGUUGUGGCGCUCAUCUCGCUUUACUGGCCGAGGGAGCCGGCGUACAGCUUCCGGGUCAUGUGGCCAGCAUGGCUAAGCCGCUUCUGGCAAACCAGAGCAGCGCACAGAAACACCAUUUACCUUCCCGCCAGAGUGGUACCUAUUUAUCUACUCGCACUUUUGACGUGCUUUCGAACUGCUAGGUUGGCAGGAGCAGGGACCGAGCAACGGGAGCUCACCCUGUCAUGGGGAUUCGAACCGCCGACCUUCUGAUCGGCAAGUCCUAGGCUCUGUGGUUUAACCCACAGUGCCACCCGCAUCCCAUGCAAACAUUCAUGUUAAAGCAAUAUGAUAAUUAUAACCAGGUUUGGAUACACACGAGGGCAUUUGUACCAACCAACACAUCCUCAGACUUCUAGCCCUGACUUAUGCUGUGCAAAAUUGCUUUUCUCCUCCCGUUACAGAAUAAGGAUGUGGAAUAUGUGAAUUCUGAAUAUGGGAAGAACGCAGUGAGACUGCUGUACAUUAGACGAGAGGGCACGACUCACUGCAUCAAAGAACUGGAAGUAUCUGUGCAUAUAAGGCUGAACACCGUCAACGAAUUCUUGAAUUCUGACAACAGUCAAGUGAUCCCCACAGACACCAUAAAGAAUACAAUCCAAGCUUUGGCCAAAUGCCGAGGGGUAUGUUUUGCAAAGCACUCUUCCAACUGUUUUUUAUUUAAUCUUUGUGUAGCUAGAUAUUGUCUUAAUGAAUUGCAUUUUUAUGAAUUGCAUUCCUAUUGCAAAAUCAGUCCUCGGGCAAAAAUAAUAAUGAGAGUCUGUGACAAUUCAAAGAGCAAGGAACAGAGAGAGAGAGAGAUUUGGCCACAGAUGGAUCGUAUCAUGUGAUACGACCCAUCUGUGGCCAAAUCUCUUUCUCUUUCCUUUCCUUUUUGGUAUUAUAACUCUUACAGAGAGCUAGGAGUGUCAGCCAACAACGACUGGCAGAUUUAUCUGGAUGCAAAGGUAAAUGUAAACACCUUUCCAAAGGAAAAGAACAACAAAAUUCUUAAGAAAAGCUUUUUCCAAAGAGGAAACACAAGAUUGCUAGUAUUAUUGUGGUAAGUGUGCAGUCUUACAAGCCUUUCAGUCGAUGAAGAUUGGCACAGCUAUUAUUCAUGUACAGCAGGGAUAGCGAAGCUGUGGUCCUCCAGAUUUGUUGGCUCCAAAUCCCAUCAGCCCCAGCCAGCAUGGUCCAUGGUCAGGGAUGAUGGGAACUGUAGUCCAACAGAUUCCACUAAGCUUCCACUGAGUGGAAGCAUCUUGCACAAGCCAGAAGAGAUCUAUUUCAUAGAAUCAUAAACUCCCAGAAUUGCAGAGAUGGAACAUGAAGGUCAUCAAUGCAGGAAUCUUCUGCUGAAUGUCAUGAGCUAACCCAGGGAUUUGUUUUGUCUUUAACUUUUGCUAGCAGUUGGAAGAAUCACAGGUUUCCUUUUUCCAGAGUAUUACGGGCAAUUGGCUCAAUAAAGACAUUUAUUUUAUAAACUAUACAUUUCAUAAUGCCUGCUUGACUGCUUCACCCAUUUAAUCAAGAGGUUUGCAAUGACAUGAACGUAUUGCAAAAAAUAAAAUAAAAUACAGUGUUGUGUCUCGAUAUUUAUCUAAGGGCAGAAACUGAUGGUGUCUGACGACCCUGUUUGUCUUACUAGAUCAGAACAAUAGAGGAGUUUGGCCUUGACAUCUGUGAACACUUCCUUACAUCGUUUUGCCACGUGAUAUACUGCAAUGCCUUCAUCCAAGAAGUACCAUGGCAACGCCUAGAAAAGGUAUACUGAGCUUAUACACCCCACCCAUCUGACUAGGUUGCUCCCUGCACACAGGUGGGAACAAGUGAAAAGUGGUGUUGUCAGAAGGAGGGAGGGAGGGGCGACCAAAUGUGGGCAGGGUUCAUAGGGCACUGAAUCACCUUAACAUUUAUAAGACUCCCUCCCUCCCAAACCAGCUCUAUUACUUCCCCAUGUGUUUUAAAUUUGCCUACAUUUAUUUACGCAUUUUCCAUAUUCUUCAAUCUCUAGGAUGGUGUCCCCCAUGUCCAUGCUUUUCUCUAUAGCUCAGAAGGGGUUCGGUUUUGUGAAGUGGAACGGACUCUGGAAGGUAAGACACGAAAUUUCAUUCUUUUGGCAGAAAUCCUCAGAAACGUAACACCUUUUAUUAUUCUCUGUUGAAGAGAAGUAGGAGCAGUCAAGGCCAUUGAAGCGUUUGUGGGUGUUAGAAACAGAGGUGGGAUUUCUUGUGUUUCUGUUUUCCUUGCCCCGGAAGGCAAGAGAAAUACGGUAUUCAUACUGAGCCCCCACUCGAUUUCCCUGUUAAAAGGUGCUUUUUAAUUUAUCUGCAUAUAUCGAUUUUCUCAUUUUAAAUUAUUUCAUUAUUUCAUUGUAAAAAGAACUGACUUUUUCUCUCUUCCAUUCUCUCUCUCUCUCUUGCAGGUAGUCCGAUUGUUUUUUCUGGCAUUAAGGAUCUGAAGCUUAUGAAAACAACCCAGUCUGGAUUUCAAGGCUUCUUCAAGGAUAAAUACACCACACUUCCUGAAAGAAGAGAUCGAGUGCUGUCAAUAGAAACACUGAUCAAGUGGUGUUAUGGAGAAGGCGCAGACUGUCUUGACUACGACUGCAUAUGGUACUGUAAAAAACCAAACCAAGCCAACCCCAUUUUUGUCUAACGGCGCAUGAAAUUUGUCCACAGUAGAAGAGAUGGCUGAUAUUGAGUAUGAUUACAGCCCUCUGAUGGAUGAAAAAAAGGAAAUAUUUCGAUCAGAAAUAUCCAAAUUGGGGAAGGGUGUGUGCAUUGUCAAUUUACAGUGGAAACAAGCUCCUGUUUCCUCACAGUGAGAAGUGAAGUUACAGGGAACCAGGUAGAGGGCCUUCUCAGUAGUGAUGCCCUCCCACCAGAUGUCAAGGAGAUAACCUUUAGAAGAUAUAACCUUUAGAAGACACCUGAAGGCAGCCCUGUAUAGGGAAGUUUUUAAUGUUCGAUGUUUUAUUAUGUUUCUGUAUAUGCUGGAAGCCACCUACAGUGGCUGGGAAAACGCAGCCAGAUGGAUGGAGUAUUAUUAAUUGGGGGGAAUAUUUAUUUUGCUUCUGUCUCACUCUUACUCCACUGAUCCAAGGAAUUGAUCAGGUGCACCCAUGUGUCCCUUUAGCCGUUUCGCAGCAUCACACAGUCCCAGACCAUUCUCUGGGUACCACCUGUGCCAGGCUUAAUGCGACCACAUGGAAAGCCCUUCAUUCCUAGACACACACCCCACAUUGGAAAUUUCUUUCUUUCUCUCUCUCUCCUUCUUCUUUUCCUGACUGCACUGUUAAAAUUUAUGACCUUACCUUUAACAAGGGACAGAGCUAAGCAAGCUGAACACAGGACAUUGGCCUUGCAAGUUCACACAUGAGCUGAAUUAUAGAGAGAGUACAGAUUUGAUUCUAAUGGCUACACGUUGCUUUGAAGGAGAACUGCCCACGAGUGUACCCUCGAUGCCUUUGCCGGGCCGCCUGAAACAGGCCACUACUCGCCAUCUUACCAGAAGACGGUCAACUGCAUCCAGACCUACAUCCUGGAUAGACUCCCCCAGGUCAGUCUCGUCCUAUCUCUUUGUCCUCACGACAUGCGAUAUGCUUCAAAUAACCAUAGUCUCACGAAACCGAGCUUUACAUCAAAAACACAAAACCAAUCCAAUUCAGACGCCCGUGACUCAGACUUGAGGGGCAAUGUACGGAUCAUCGUGUAAGCUUAUAUUUUGCUUUCUCUCGGGCUAUUAUAAAUAUAAGGUGGAUAGAUAAAGAAAUUAAAAGCAUAGGAAGCCUUACACCAAGCCAGUGUUGUCUACAAGGACUGGCAGGGUGGCCGUCUAGGAUUUUAGAUAGCGUUUUCUCUCAGCUUUACCUGCAAUUGCCAAGGAUGGAAUCUGGGAAUUCUGGCUUCAGGGAGAUGUGUUUUCCAGCCCUGCUACUUCAGAUCCAGUAUGACUGGAGCUGCCCUGAAUGUAAACUCGUGUGUGUGUGUGUGUGUGUUCUCUAUGGAAUGCACAGGGCUUUCUACCACUCAGCAAUAACCCCUCUCCAUAUUCCCGCUGUUAGGGAAUGAUGAAACAAAUGUAUGGUUCUCCGUGUGAAAACAGUACCUUUUUUUGGUACUUGUAAACCCAACACGUGAUGUGACAUGACCAUGCAGUGCCUUGCUCUGCUCUUGUAGCCAAGGGCCAUGACACAUAGUAAAGGUAAAAGGUAAAGGACCCCUGGACAAUUAAAUCCAGUCAAAGGUGACUAUGGGGUUGUGGAUCUCAUCUCACUUUCAGGCCGAGGGAGCUAGCGUUUGACCACAGAGAGCUUUCCGGGUCAUGUGGCCAGCAUGACUAAACCGCUUCUGGUGCAAUGGAACACCGUGGUGGAAACCAGAGCGCACAGAAACGCCAUUUACUUUCCCACCGCAGUGGUACCUAUUUAUCUACUUGCACUGGCAUGCUUUCAAACUGCUAGGUUGGCAGGAGCUGGGACAGAGCAAUGGGAGCUCAUCCUGUCACGGGGAUUCGAACUGCUGAACUUCUGACCGGCAAGCCAAAGAGGCUCAGUGGUUUAAACCACAGUGCCACCCGUGUCCCAUGCAGAUGCAUAAUUUAGACAGGGAGAUGUAGCUGUUAUGCAUUGUUUACAAGACCAGGAAUGCCUGUGGCCCACAACCUCAAUUCAAAUCCCGUUUGUGUAAUCAAUCCGUUCAGAUUUCCGACAAAAGCAAUUUGUUCCUCUUGCAGCCUGCUGGGCAGGGAGGAAAAGGGUGAGUGAGACAGGAGGAGAGAGAAGGGCGUGUCGGGAAGAAAGAUCUGGCUCCGUCUACCAAUGACUUCAGCCCCUCUCACAGUAUUGGCAGGCUGGCCAUGACAUACCUGGCUCCCGUUACCUCGGACUUCUGCUCUCACUGCCAAGAACAGGGGAAGGAGACUUGAGUGAAUGCAGUUGUAGUGCACAGGGUCAUCCUGUGGUCUAAUAUGCGUAUGUUUUUAUGCUUUCAGAUUGAGGAAGUGGAAGUGAUCAUGUCCAACAUCCACUAUUCUGUGGCGGAUCUAGAAAAACUGGGACUGUGCAAUGACAAGGAGGUGAGGAAAUGUGUUUUUCUUCUUUUCAGGAUAAAUUGCUGUGGAGCUGUAUGGGAGUAAGGUAGGGCUAGGAAGGAUAAUUUAACAGAGUCUUCGAGCAUAUCCGCCCUGGAGAUUGAAGCCAUUUACAAAGACAUUCCCUCUCCGCAAAGAGAGGCUGGGCUUGGGGCUCUCCAACAGAGGAUUCUUAGAAACUUAGAAAGUUGCCUUAUAAGAAGUCAGAUCAUUGGUCCAACUAGCUCAGUAUUGUCCUCAGUGAUUGGCUGCUGCUCUCCUGGGUUUGGUUUUCAGAAGGGGAACAUUCCCCAUCCUACCUGGAGAUGCUGAGAAUUGAACCUGGGACCCUCUGUACGUAAGCCAGAUGCUCUGCCCCUGAGCUAUGGCAUGAUAGCUGUGACUGACUGGGAGAGGAAGGGGCAAGGUGGUGUACAAACGUACCUCCAGCAGUGGUCCUGCUUGUGUUUGCACCACACCAAGCUCCCCAUCCCCACCCCCUCUUCCUCCUAGUCAGCAAAAGCAACACCAGUAGCUGGUCAGGUGAGCACCUCCACCUGUCAGGCUUGAGGAAUUCUCUCCCUUCUUUGAUGGCUUCAAGGAGCAGGGAGGAAACAUGAACGGUUUUGCUUAUGCUUUUAUUUAGUCCUCGUGGUGAGAGACAAAGAAUCCAGACAUCCCUCAAGGAUGGAGUUGCUCACUCUGGGCUCCUCCCCUCUCUUUGCAACAGCAUCCGACUCCACGGUGACCCACGAGAUCAAAUGCCUCUGUGUCCCAUUGCUCUUGCAUUCUUAACAAACGCCGAGUUUUAGGGGUGGUGGUGGUGGUUCAUCGAUGCUGUCCAGAGACGUUUCAGCUGGCUGCUCUGCCUCCCCUCGUUCCUCUUCAAACACCUCAUAACUCAUCUGUUCGCUUGUCUCUGAUCUGCUAUCUCCUUCCAAGUUUGGCUGUAAUUCAAUACUGUGUCCCCUUCUCUGGAAGCUACAGGAGAAGGGGAGGUGAUCUUCACCACUCCUGCUCCUCUUCAGUCCAGUCCCUGACCCCACCCCACCAACCACUAAUGGUUGUUAUUAGUAGAAGCAAUUUCUUUGCUGAAAACUCCUAUGAACAUGUGGUGUAUAGACUCUCAAGCGAGUAGUAGGUACUCCUGCUGGAGGCAAACCCAUUAACACAAGUGUCUUCCAUGUACAGAUCUUGACACCUCAGGAUACACCCUUUGGGGCUUGUGCAUCUACGCUGCGCAGGAAGAAGGACUGCCCAGGGACAUACCAGCAACGCCCCGUCGCAUGUAAACCUCGUUACUCCGUUGGAUUUAAGUCCUCCAUUGGGAUGAACUAA